CCCAGUUUGGGUAAUGAAACGUCUGCAAGAAAACAAGCGAGCUCGGAGAGCACCAAGGAUCCCUCAAACUUCUGACUGACCCCAAGGCGCUCUUAAGAAUCCAUCUUCUCCCCAGGCUGCCUAACAACAAACUGGGCGGCUCCUGGCUGGGCAGGGCGAGCGCCGAGCCUGGCUGGUUGUUGGCCCUGGGCCAGCCCGCAGCGCAAAGCAAGAGCCCGGCUGGCAGGGCUGAAGCCGAGGCGGAGGCCGGCCUUCACCUCCCGGCUCUGCCUCUUCUAAGGAAAGGGAAGAGCCGCGGCCAGGAACGCUCGUUGCAUGGAGCCUCUCCGGCGCCGCAGACGGGCUUCUUCUGCCAUCUCCAUGCCGACGCGGGAGCAAAUCUUGGGAGAGGGGGAAAAAAAUCCCAUAUCCCUCCCGACCCGUAUUUCUGCCAGGUCCGCCCGGAGGAUCGUCUGAAUGAACCCUAGCGGCGUUCCCCCGCUUUCUGAUGAGGCCUCUCGACCGCCCGCAGCUUUGCCGAACCCGGGUCCGACUCGCUUGGGUGACUUUGUGCCUGGCCGCCGAGUGGGCUCUGCAAACUCGUGGAGGAGAAAUAUCCUUACUGGUCUCACAACCAAACAUCAAUAGUUCGGUGGCUGAGAACGUUUUGCUGUCAGUGGCCUAUACUGGUGAGACAAACCCAGUAAUUGAGUGGAAACACACAUCAGUAGGUGGUACAACCAAAAUAGCAGAAUGGAAGACUGGCGUUUAUGCCAAUAUAUCCAGCGCUUACAAAGAUAGAGUGAGCAUUUAUGAAAAUGGCUCUCUGCAGCUGCUGAAGGUGGACUUUAAAGAUUCCGGUUAUUACUUAGUCACGGUGAGAGACGAAUUGGGAAUCGUCCUUUAUGGCACCAUCCUGUUGAAUGUUUAUGAAAUUCGCUAUGAAGACUUGCAUUUUGUGGUCGUCUUCUUUGUCUUUCUCACUGCUGCGUCCGCUGUUCUGAUCUGCUUGAUGUGGUUAUGCAAUAAAUAUGUGCACUUUCUGCAAACAGAGAGGCAGCAACUCAGAGUAAGCGAAACUGAAGAGACAGAGCUUCAAACAAUGGGGUCUUAGUUAUACAAUACUGUAACAUAGACACAAAUCAGUUUUCUACCUCAAGAAGGAGCAAAGCAUGAAAAACACGAUUGGUAAACAAAAGACCGAGCAUAUCCAUUUUGCCAAACACUGUUUUCUGAAGCAGAAAAGGCACCAGGUCCACGAAGGUGAUACACAGAAGGUUUGAGGAAUGCUGUCCUUUCCACAUCAUAAUUUAUAAUGGACUCAUUUCAAAAAAAGACUGGAGUUCCUACAGGUCUGCCUACACGUUCACAAGACAUCGAAUUUUCUCUGAUAACAUCAAAGUGCUACGAUUCAACAGAACGUGUCAGAAGAAAGGUACAAAAGCCUUGAAUCCAUACAACGCUUUUUUUUUAAUGACCCUGUAAUCCCUUACAGCAGGAUGGAGUCAGGAUGACUGAACGGAGCUCAAGCGUUUACCGGCCAGAUGCCCUUCCCGACGCCUACCUGGAGUUUGCAGCAGACAAUAACUCAUUGUGCCCAGAGAGAGAAGUAUCUGUUGCUAUCGAGGAUCAAACACAGCCUCCUGAUGGUUAGGUGAGAGCUCCAUCUCAAGGCCACCACACCACCCAGUAGAAGACCACAUUGCUUUUAGAAAAACUGCAGUUCUUUAUUAAAUUAUAUUGAAAAACACAUUAUCAUGGUUUUAGAUCCCACCAUCAAAAAGUUGCUGAUGGAUUUAAAAACCCAACAGAUUAUUAUUAUACGGAAAUUUGUGGUAUCGUUAACUUUCCAAUAUUUGAUGAAGGCAACAUUAAACAUUCUAUUUAUUUUUGUAUUUUUUUCUCAUUGUUUCCUGCUACCAGGUUGUGGCAAUGCCUUCAGCCAAAUGGAUGUUAUCAAUUUUUAUUUCACUAGCACAUGUUAGUCCUGGAUGGGCUGAACAAGUUGGUAAACCUUUUACACUCAUUUUUAAGUGUAAAAAUGGAAAAAAAAACUUACUCCAAUCUGCAAGUGAUUUUUCAGUAAUGUCACCAUUUCUGCUCUUGAGCAAGCUGAACCAAGAAUAGCUAUGGCAAAAUGCUAUUUUGACCCAAAUAAAAUUCUGGAUUCCUUUUGUGAAUAGGAUAUUAGUCCAUUUGUUCAAAAGAUGUAACCAGGCAAUUUAAACAGCUAAGACAAAACAUAAAUGUAAACCUGCUCCCCUUUGUACAAAGUUUCCAAUAAAGUAUUUAAUAAAAUUUGAACUUCGGUAACGUGACUAAUUAUUUCAAAAGCUGCCACAGUUUAUUUAACUGAAUAUUCAGAACUUGCAGGGCUGACUGUAUUCGGGAUAGGCAAUAAAAGAUGCAAUCAAAUAUCACUGAAGAGAAAUCCAUGGGGUUAUCAGAAACUGAUUGCUUCCUGGAAUGUACGUGCUGUUCUCACACUCACUUUGCUUAUGCUGGUC